UGUAUUUACUUGUCGCAUGGACGUUGCUUAAUGAAAUAUGGUUUCAGAACAAUAUGCGGGAUAUGUUGUCGUGUGUGUAUAGCAAAUUCAGAAACUUGGAAGAGAAAGUUAUUGGUUAUGAAAACAUAAAUUUUAAAAGUCUCGUGAUUUCCAGAGCCUGCGAAUACCAAACAAAGGACUGUAUCCAACGAGUUCUGGACUUGUUUAGAAAGUGGAUGAAAAGUGUAGAUCCAGACAAUAAUAAUAUAUUGCCUAAAGAUCUGAAAAUCAAUAUUAACUGUUACGCUAUGAAAUAUGGAGGUGAAGAAGAAUGGAACUUUUUAUGGGAACGUUUUCAGCGUUCCAAUUUUACGUUUGGAAAAAUGGAUAUGAUCUUUGCAUUAGGAUGUAGUUCAACAAAAUCGUUAAUACUGAGAUAUUUGAAUUGGUCACUUGAUGAAUCUAUUAUUCCCAGAGACUACGCCUCCGGAGUACUCGACUCUGUAAAGUUAAAUGAAGUUGGAUUUUUAGUAGCAAAAGAAUUUUUGUAUUGCAAAAUUGCAGAUAUAUAUGAAUACGACGAACGUAAAGGCGAUAGUUUAGUUGGAUAUGUAAAUAAUAUUGCGUCUCAAAUGAAAACUAAAGAAGAAUUAAAAGAGCUCCAAUCAUUUAUUAUUAAAUCAUCAAGUUACUUUAAAGAACCUAAUUCGGUUAUCAAUCAGAUAACUGAGACUAUUAAGAAAAACAUUGAAUGGACAUCGAAGUUUUAUAAUAAAAUAGUACCAUAUUAAUGAUGUUAUGAGUGGGCGCUUGAACACAGUUUGAUUUGUAUUAAUAACUGUACAGUUUUCUGCCACUUUGACAUAAUAUGUACAACGUAGCAUACUAGAAAUAUUAAGUUAUUCCCAUUUUUAACUACAUACUUUUAUAAUAAUCUGACGUUGUUAAUAUUUUACCUUGAGUUGUGUCACAAGAUGCAAAUUUCAGAUCAGAAUACUUUAUUGGAUAUCUUAAUUAAAUUUGUCAUAUUUAAACGGCAUCGAAUAUAUAUUAUUUUAUUUUUCACAAGUUAAUAUAAUUCGAUGUACAGAUAACUAUGAAGUCUUAUUACAUUGUUUUAUUAUUAUAAAUAAUAACAUGACUUAUUUGUUUCUUUUUACAAGACAAUAAAUAGUUGAGAAAAUUAGUAUUUCUCUUACAACCAAUUCAGGUCCUAUUUUAUGAUUAUUUU